AUGCAAAAAGGCAAAAAGUGGUUUAAACCUGUAUUUGAUAUCGAAAAUGAAACACCAAAAGAGUCUAAGAAUAUUCCGGAGAAAAAGCGGAAGGUAUACGAGGAGAAGUCACUUGGUUCAAAUGGAAAUGCAAAUUUUAAGAUGCCUACUAUUAACCACAAAAAUUGGAUGAAAAAUUUUGAUCCAGUUAAUAUAGAAGAUUUAGCAGUACAUAACAAAAAGAUACAGGAAGUUGAGAAUUGGAUAAAAGACAGUUGUAAGAACACUUGCAACAUACUUCUUAUAAGUGGGCCUGUAGGAUGUGGAAAAACUGCUACAGUACGUACAUUAGCAGAUAAAUAUAAUGUAAAAAUCACAGAAUGGAUAACGCCUAUAGAUAUAGAGUUACCAACAGAUUAUGGUGAAUAUGAGUUCAAAGAAAAACAAUCAAAAAAGUUUUUGGACUUUAUAAUAAGUGCUGCCAAUUUUACAUCUUUAUUAGAUAAUAAUAGCAAUAAAUUGGUGUUAGUUGAAGACUUCCCUAAUACAUUCUUAAGAACACCAUCAGAAUUUUCUAACAUUUUACAGCAAUAUACUCAAAGAGCAAAGUCUCCAAUUGUAUUCAUCUGUUCAGAGACUAAUACAGACAAUAAAAAUGCAGCAGUAAACAUAUUUACAACAUCUCUAAAAGAACAGUUUCUCAUACAACAUAUUGUCUUCAAUAGUGUAUCUGUCACAGGCUUGAGAUCUGCUUUAAAAAGAGUAUCAGAUAUUAUAAGUAAAAAAUAUUCCACAAUGUACAACAUUCCAACGACAGAUAUCAUAGAUUCAGUUGUAAAUUCAUCAGCGGGCGAUGUUAGAUCUGCAAUUUUAAAUCUGCAUUUUGCAAGCUUAAAAGGUACAGAUCAUAAUUUGGAAACCAGUAUUGUCAAAGAAAGUAAAGUAAAAGGUAAAACAAGAAAGAAAAAGGCAACAAAUAAAUUUAUGUCACUUGGUAAAGAUCAAACAAUCAGCAUCUUACACGGUGUGGGGAGAGUGUUAAAUCCAAAAGUUUUGAUCGAUGAAAGCGGAAGAGCAAAAUUGUCACAUUCUCCUGAAGAGAUUGUAGAACAGUUUCUAAGCAGCCCAAGUACAUUCAUCAAUUUUCUUGAAGAAAACUACUUACCACAUUUCUCAUCCAUCAGCGAUGUUGAUAAAGCUGUAUCAGCAAUUAGUGACGCUGAUUAUAUACUUGCAGAAUGGAGGGAAAAAUAUUGUCAAGAAUAUGGGUUGUAUAUAGCAGUGGCAGGAUUGAUGCUUGCUAACAAGUCACCUGUAUCUGCCUGGAAUCCUGUGAGGGGGCCAAAAAACAUGAAUGUUCAAUAUCCAUCAUUGCAACAGAUGUCUCUUUUAGAUAACAGCUACUUGUAUAAAGGGAAAGUGCUUGUAACUGAUUAUUUGACUUAUUGUAAAAUAAUUGGCAAUAAGACUGGCUCUGAAGAACCUCUCAGCAAUGAAGAUGAAAUUAUAGAAUGA